UUUCUCUUCAGAGUCCUCAAAUAUAAACUGCUGGCGGACUCACACAUGACUGUCUGACAAAGAAAUAGAUGGCUUCACGGUUUCUCCGAGGAAAAAUCAAGGAUGUAGAAAGAACCAGUGAUUACACGCAUUCCGCUGUAAGGUCUUAGCUUAGAGAACUACCGCAGGGGAAAAAAACAGAUCAUUACAACCGAAGGAACAAAGAAGAGAAGACUAACCAGGACAGAGUUUUCUACAUAUUAUCAGUGGAUUCAGCGCACCAUCAGAUUUUUCAAGAUGUUACCUUCAACUCACAACAAGAAUAAAAAACGAAAACGUUUGGGUACGAACAGAAACGUUAUUGAAGAAAUGAGUAACGAACGCUUUCUAUUGAAACAUGACCCAGCAGUUUGCCACGAUAGAUCGACGAACAGAGGCAAACCAUACCCCUCCCCUAAACCCGUUCUCACCCUACACGUGAUGUUUGUUAAAAUGGUCUAUUGACGUCAUAUCAACAGUGGUGCAAAACUGGCAUGAAAGAACUAGCGCUGUCCAAGGGACCAUCCUUGAACGACAGUUUCAGAGAUUUCGGAAAAACAAGACGAAGAGGCUUUUUUAAGUUCUUUAGUUGAAAGUGGUCUAGAAUACGGAGUGCAGGUACAAGAAAAGUAUUACCAAGCGAUCAACUUAACUCGAGAACAAACUCAUCGAACCACUUGCUUUAACAGCCUUGUCUACACGUAAACAAUAUUUUUCCGAAUUGUAUUGAGUUGAGAAGAUAUGGCCACCUCACAGCGAACCUGGCAACCAGAGAACCAAGAGGUGAGUGUGACGAGACAGUAAAAAAUAGCACGAACUAUUCGUCCACCUUUAAUUUUCGUUUACCGACAGCGAAAAUUGUGAGCGAUCGAGUGCUAUUAAAUUCACACCAUUACUGACAUGAGUAUUACGUAGUUCCCCUCUAAAUAUUGUUUCAUUCAGUUGUUUUUUAAAAGUCCAAAAGACAUAGACAUGUUUAAAAAAUUAUGAUAUCAGUAUAAUUCCUUAAUACUGCACGUUGCUAAUUGUAAUUUUUGUCCAAUUUUGCAACCAGCCAAAUCACGGAAACACCAGGGUUCUGCGCUAUUCACUAUGCAAGCUAAUCAGUGCAAUAGUAAGCCACCUGAAUCUGACCUCCGAACAACGAAUGGAAUCUCUCACAACAAGGUAAGGUCAAGAAAUUUAUAUAUUUACGCAUAACAUAUCUUCAGCUUUUACACGUGUUUACUCACACCGGAAACAACAUCGUUAAAAACAAAUGAUGACAUUUUAACUCAAUAACAUAGAAAAUAUUAACGGAACUAAUGACACACCUAUUAUUGCAUUAUAAAGGAAAUCGCUCGCAAAUGAUACCUUUGUGUCGUGACAGCGUAUAGCUGUGUGUGUUGUUGUUGAAAUACCGGCACUAAAGUUAAAAUUAUUUCAAAAUCAUAGGUAUUAUAGUUUAAUGUUUUAUCAGUGUGGUGUUCUACAAUAUGCCUGAAGUAGCCUAACGUUGGUAGAAACUUUUCCAAGUACCUCCAAGGGGUGUGUAAUCAAUAUUUCUGGUACUCUCUUUGUCAGACAACCAACGGAGGAAAGUAAGCAAUUAUGGAAAACUCUGAAUUGGGUAUGUAAAUGUUGUGUUUGUUUUGAUAUGUUACGCGCAGAAGACACACUGUUAUUUAGGCAGAAGAUAAAGUUACAGAUGUCCAUCACUUCGAAAAAGAAAUGAAGUAUUAGGAAAGAUAACACGCACAAGCAGGUAUAAUGAAUUUGACAAAUAACCAGUCUUACUCUUAACCAUUGCUCAAAGAAUUACGAAUCAGUUGUUCCAAAAGAUAAUUAGUAUCCUUAUUUAAAUCCAGUAUGGUAUGGGGAGCUAUCUCCGAGGUAAAAUUCAUUUUGAAAACGGGCGAGAGCAUCCAUCAAAAGUAAUCGCACAUUCAUUUCCAGGCAUUCAUGGGCAUGAGACAGUUUACUGUACAGCCGGUUUGUAAUACUUUUAUAUUAAGUGCAGCACGCUGGGUUCAAUUUGGAGGGAGGCCUUUGCUUCAUCAAAACUAUAUCUAUAAGCCUAUUCCUUCGAGCUAAUAAGCGUCUUGUUACUCAGGGAUUUUCAAGCCCAAACCUCACAAAAAUGUAACUGAAAGAGCCAUUUCCAUACUACGAAAUGUAUGCUUGUUCGAUGGCCUAGUAAAGCCAGACAAUGAGCCUGGUUAUAAUAACAAAAAAACCCCUUCUUUGACAGGAAUACCCAGGAGGAGCAGAAUACACGUGUAUUACAAGAACCCUUGAAAAGCAAAAAGAGCUACUUCAGGUAGGUAUUAUAACAAAUAGCUGGAGAUAACAUCAAAUUCUGAAACAAACUUCAGAAAAAAAAAUUCAUUGUAUUGAAACAUUUCUUUCCUUUCCUCUACAGCAUAUGUAUCUUCAGGGAGAAGACACCUCUCAGAAAGAACUUCUAGUACAGCUUUUACGAAAGAUCUGGAAAUAUAUCCAGUUGUCAAAAUUUACGAGGAUGGGGUUAUCUUCCAGGUAAAUUCUUUUAAUUCAUUUUCAUGUAAACAUUUUAAACAUGUUUAAUAAUAUAAUCCAGUCAUUAUUUCGUCAAAUUCCGUGGACGUUAUUAUGCUAAGUGGCGAACAUUCUGUUUGACUUUUUAUUUUCAAUCAGUUUGCAUCAUCAAGACGAAUGGAAACCAUUUGUUUUGGUAAGAACAAUCAAAUAUUAUACACAAUGUAUACGUACCAGGAACAGAUCAACUUAAAUUUUUCCCCAUACAUGAAUAUCUGUUGCUGCUUCAUUAGUGACACACUAAUAGGCAGAACUGAAUAAAUCCUCAAAACAGUAGUCUAUUUACCAACAAUACACUGUCAAAUUAAUACAACUACGUAAGUCUCAUGAUGCAGACGGCUGAUGCUACAAUUAAUUAACAACCGUUGUCUAAAAAGGAAUCACGAUCAAAUAAAUUCAAAAGCUGAUCUUGAACCAUUCAAUUUAUAUUACCUGUAGCCAAACAAAGGGGAUGAGAGUGAUACCUUCCAGCAACAAGUCGAGAAGUUGUUAUCCUUCUUAAAGAACGAAAUGGCUGAAUAUGACACACAGGUCUUGGACCAUUCAAGGUAAUUUAUUGAGUCUCUUUAUCAUUGACUGAGAAGAUAAGAUUCUUCUUAGAAUAAUGUUAUAUCGACAAUAUCAACCGCAUCUUGCAUGUGGGAGCCUUCAUCUGCUAUAAAAAUGUUCCUUGUGGCUGAAAACUUCCACACCUCAGACCAUCAUAAGCCCUCUGGAGUUUUUGAUAAUUACCAUCCCUAAGAAAGCCUGCAUUUGAUAACAUUGUUUGAGAAUUCAGAUCGCCCUUGAGGAACUGUGAUUGUGGAAUGGGAAGGUAAGUAACACUAGGCAGGACUAGAGGCAAAUAUUGCCCACACAGUCAGGCCCCAAAAGAUCUGGGUGAAGAAUUUGGGUCACUAAGCAACACCAAGCCUGGUGAUACCUUAAUUGUGAUAACAUUUAAUGCUUACUUGAUCCACUGAGGGUCUCCCAAGCAGCCUUACAUAUAAUUUAGCGAGAGCUUUACGACUACACAAAUACAGGCCAGAUUUACUGGUUGAAACUGACUUGAAACUUGUGGUUGAGGAUAGAUAACUUUCUGCUCUGAAGACUCGCAUUGUAAGAGUGGGAAGCCUUGUUUAUUUUUUAUUCAAACCAAUACCAUCCGCAGUGGCUAUCAACGGGGACAAAGUGGUUUUAAGAAGAAAACAUGAUAAUGUGCUUGGAACUUAGCUGCCACCUUUCUAAUUUUGUGACCUUCCCGAACACAUCUCCUUUAGGUAUCUCAAGGUGGUAGGUUUAAGGGCUGAGGAUGCAGCCCUGUCAUUACUAAUUCCUUUGCCCUCCAGUUGUCAUGCUCAGCUAUACAAGUAGCUAUGGAAAAACCUUGCCAUCAACUCUCAUUCAUGUCUUCUGCUUUAGUUGGCAAAUGCAAAAAGUAAAUUUAUCCACGCCUAAAUCGUUAAAACAGCUAAAAUGAUAGACAAGCAGAAGAGCAAGCAGAUCUGAUUGCAUUGUAUUACAAUGGCUCUUGCCUUGUCAACUACAAUGUCAAUGAAAAUUACACACAACUAUUAUUAAUGUAAGCUCAUUUAUCAAGAAUUUGCGCAAGGACAUAAUCAUACUCCCGAUAUUAUCCAAGAUAGUGCGAAUGUAGGUUGCUACGUUGUUGUUCACAAUCAACAAGGAGCACUCAAGUGGCUGCCUAAAACUAGAUAUACUAGGGGCUUCUUUCAAAAAGAAAUUUACUCGCCGCUCCCUUCAGUGCUAAUCGGAUAACUCCGUCCCAACGCUCAAAUGGCUCUCAUCAUUUGUAAUAAGAAUUUCUGGAAGAUUUGCAGUUAGGAAAAUGCCAUGUCCGUCAGCUUUUCUAUAUGGGAAGAAUCACUCCGUCAAAAAGUUGGUUUGGGGGUAUCGGGUGGGGCGAUUCCAUAACGACAGCACUGAACAGCUAAUAUACUUCUUACCCAUAAAGUUGUUCUUCUCAAGAGACUAGCAUCACAGCGAGACAUUUUAGUCAAAAGCAAUUUCAAAUAAGCACACAUGUUGAUUGAAAGUUGUCUCAAAAGUUCAUCUUGAUAAAGCAUCAUUUCCUUUCUUGGCAAGGGUCUUUCCUAUGGUUUAUUGAAUUCUAGCACAUAGGCAAAGAAUGUAAAGUUCGUUCUGUGAGCCUUAACUCAGGAUGAGUUUUUGACCAUCACGGUAUUUGCAAUUCAACAACUCUUUUCCACCAUAUCUUUAUACCCACAGAAAUAAUGAGGAAAGCCUACUUCAAGAGUUUAGCUCGUCCUACACACAUCAGGUAUGUCCGUUUUUCAUGAUAAAAUGCAUGAACACACAGCUUUCUUUGAGAUUUUCACCAGUGCCAAUGAAACUGAAUGCUGCAGUACUAUCAACAAUAAAUGGGAAAACAUAACUAAUCUAGAUUUCUGCUGCACCUUCUUUGAACACCUCUUACCAGAAGAAUUGACCUCCACUGUUAUAAUGACAGGAGUGACAAUGACGAGCACAUAUCAAAGAGAUAAGUCAAUACCUGCUGGUUAAAAGAACAAUUUCACAUUUUUUAUAAAUAAUAGUUGUCAUAUUUUAUAUUCAUAAGGCAAGCAGACUUUAUUUUCCAGUGAGAGCUUCAUCAGUCUUAAAAUAAGGGAAUGAAACGUGGAGCUAAAAAAAGUUUACUAGGAUGAUGAAGACAACCAUCUACUUUCACGUAUCAAAAGAAGGUUCUUGUUUUCUCCACAGGAAUUGUAAAAGAACUCCACAAGACCUAAAAAAGAACACCACAGUUUCUUUUUGAAGAAUUCAGAUGUCCUAAAGGUUUAUGACAUAAACCUUACUCUAGACUAACUUCUUUGCCACAAGCAGAUCACUUCACUUUCACUACCUCAAACCAUUUCGUGGGGCAGACUCUGCAAAGCCAUUUAUGUAUUCGGGUAAAAGAGAUCUUUUAAACUCGGAUGUACGUAUAUUUAUAUCAUAAUACAGGUUUAAACUAUCUCUUCUUUACCGAACUGUUGGAAUUUGUCAUACAGACACAAUUCAACAUCUCGAGGUAAUUUUAGGUAUUAUGUUAGAAUUAAUUUCCUCAGAAAUUUAAGGUCUAUAGCCAUCUCGAGUGGGAAAACUUGAUUAUCUCAGUAUCCCACAACCCCCCUCCGCCUCUUACCCUUGACUCUUCCCCCCUAGCCAGGUUUACAAAGGCACGACUUUAACUUCAGCAUUUUACUCUUGGGAGGCCCUCAAAUUGGGGAAAAAUUUCCCAGUAUCAUUUGUCACAUAUCAUCGGUCGAAAGGAAGAAUUCACAAAACUAGAAAUCUAUUCAGUUGACAGAGAACAUGCCUUUGACUUGCUGGCUGUCACAGAAUAUAUUAUUCGUAUUUUCAUAUUCUAAAAGUCUGCCGUACUUAUAUAUAGAUACAUAAAUUAUUCUUAAGUUUUUAAACGUUAUGCUAGGAAGUGUAAAUAUUCGGAGUAUAAAUGAUAUUUUUACUGUAAGCUACGGCCUAGUUUCACACCAACAUUUGUAUCUCGUUUGAUAUACCUGAGUCGAGUAGAAAUUUGUCUUUAAAGGUGGCUUGUUUCAAAUAUAAUCAAGUUGUUAGCUAUCGUAGCCGUUUUGGUAGUAAGUGAUUCAGAGCUUCCAUACUCAGUUAAAAUUUCUAGGAGCCGUCAUAUGUAGAUUUUAAGCUACAUUUAAAAAUGACCAUAGGUCCAUUUUAAAAGGCUGAGAACCAACAACACCUUUUCUAUGAAAAGAUAGCUAGUUGUGACGCUUUGAAAAACCUCAAACUUAUUUUGUCUACGGAAAAAAGAAUAUACAUAUCAUUUGUUGAAAAUUGACCUUAAUUUUUGUAAAAUUGUUCUCUUUCAUAUAGAGCUACAUUUCCUAUAUAAAUAAUGAUGGCGAAGGUCCAUUUUGUAAUUAUUAGAUAAUUUCUGAGGAUAUUUUUGUCUUACUCGAGAGCGUGCUUCCUUGGAGCUGCAUUAUUUGCAGAAGCAUGUAACGUAAGGAUAAUCCAAAAUUUGUUUAAAAAACUAUUGAAAUUAAGUAUUAAAUAAAAUAUGGUGAUGCCAUCUG